GAGGGACGUUUACCUUUGAGCAAUAAUUGGAUUCAAUUGGGAUACUUUUUAGCUGUCCAAUGUGUAUAUACAGUGGUCUUUGAAGGAAUUUCCUACCUCUCCUUCUGUUAAAAUUCAAAGAAAACCCAUCUCAUACAAACUUUUCUUAUUUGAAGCGCUAGUAGUUGUUUAUUUCUUUCUCUUCUAUUAUCAUCACUUUUAUCUCUUACCACAACUACAAUUUAUCCACAUACAAGUUUUUUUUCUUUUCAAAUAAUUAGCUGAAUCAAUGGCAUCAUCUUUUGCUUCUGCGAGUACUUCACAGUUUCCUCGAUGGAACUACAAAGUCUUUCUAAGUUUUAGAGGUGAAGAUACUCGAAAAACAUUUACAGGUCACCUCUUCAAAGGGUUGGAAAACAAUGGAAUAUUUACGUUUCAAGAUGAUAAAAGGCUAGAGCAUGGCGCAUCAAUAUCAGAUGAACUCUUGAAAGCUAUCGAACAGUCUCAAGUUGCCCUCGUCGUUUUCUCAAAGAAUUAUGCAACAUCGAGGUGGUGCUUAGAUGAGUUAGUAAAGAUCAUGGAAUGCAAGGAUCAAUGUGGACAGACUGUCAUACCAGUCUUCUAUGAUGUGGAUCCAUCACAUGUUCGAAACCAGAGAGAGAGCUUUGCCGAAGCCUUUGACAAACACGAACCAAGAUAUAGGGAUGAUGAUGAAGGAAGGCAGAAGCUCCAAAGAUGGAGGAAUGCUCUAACUGCUGCCGCAAAUCUAAAAGGAUAUGAUGUCCGUGACGGGAUUGAAGCAGAGAAUAUUCAGCAGAUUGUCGACCAAAUUUCCAAAUUGUGCAAUAGUGCUACUUUGUCUUCUUUGCGAGAUGUUGUAGGAAUAGAUACUCAUUUGGAUAAAUUAAAGUCCCUACUUAAGGUAGGAAUCAAUGAUGUUCGGAUCAUAUUGGGGAUCUGGGGCAUGGGUGGACUAGGGAAGACGACGAUAGCAAGAGUCAUUUUUGACAUUUUAUCUCAUCAAUUUGAAGCUGCUUGUUUCCUUGCGGAUAUAAAAGAAAAUGAAAAAAGACAUCAACUGCAUUCUUUGCAAAACACCCUUCUCUCUGAAUUGUCAAGAAGAAAAGAUGAUUACGUCAAUAAUAAGCAUGAUGGGAAGCGGAUGAUUCCAGACAGACUUUUCUCUAAGAAGGUGCUAAUUGUGCUUGAUGAUAUAGAUCAUAAAGAUCAUUUAGAGUAUUUAGCAGGUGAUAUUGGUUGGUUUGGUAAUGGUAGUAGAGUUGUUGUAACAACUAGAAACAAACAUUUGAUAGAAAAGAAUGAUGUCAUUUAUGAAAUGACUGCACUAUCUGAUCAUGAAUCCAUUCAAUUGUUCUGUCAACAUGCUUUCAGAAAAGAAGAUCCAGAUGAGCAUUUUAAGAAGCUUUCAUUGGAGGUAGUAAAAUAUGCCAAUGGCCUUCCUUUAGCCCUCAAAGUGUGGGGUUCUCUGCUGCAUAACCUAGGCUUAACUGAAUGGAAAAGUGCAAUAGAGCAAAUGAAAAUUAAUUCUAAUUCGGAAAUUGUUGAUAAGCUCAAAAUCAGUUAUGAUGGAUUAGAGCCCAUACAACAGGAGAUGUUUCUAGAUAUAGCAUGCUUCUUACGAGGGGAACAAAAAGCUUACAUCCUACAAAUUCUUGAGAGCUGUCAUAUUGGAGCUGAAUAUGGAUUGCGUAUUUUAAUUGACAAAUCUCUUGUGUUCAUCACUGAAGAUUAUCAGAUUAUUCAAAUGCAUGACUUAAUUCAAGAUAUGGGUAAAUAUAUCGUGAACUUGCAAAAGAAUCCGGGAGAACGCAGCAGACUAUGGCUCAACGAGGAUUUCGAAGAAGUGAUGACCAACAAUGCAGGGACCGUGGCAGUGGAAGCAAUUUGGGUUCAUGAUUUGGAUACACUACGCUUUAACAAUGAGGCCAUGAAAAAUAUGAAAAAGCUUAGGAUAUUAUACAUAGACAGAGAGGUCUAUGAUUUCAAUAUUAGCGAUGAACCCAUUGAGUAUCUAUCCAACAACUUGCGUUGGUUUAACGUGGAUGGCUAUCCUUGUGAGUCAUUGCCAUCUACAUUUGAACCCAAAAUGCUUGUUCACCUUGAACUCUCAUUUAGUUCACUGCGUUAUUUAUGGAUGGAAACAAAGCAUUUGCCGUCUCUACGGACGAUAAAUCUCACGGGCUCUGAAAGCCUGAUGCGAACACCAGAUUUCACGGGGAUGCCAAAUUUGGAGUAUUUGGAUAUGUCUUUCUGUUUUAAUCUUGAAGAGGUUCACCAUUCCUUGGGAUGUUGCAGCAAACUCAUUGGGUUAGAUUUGACCGAUUGUAAAAGCCUUAAGAGGUUUCCAUGUGUUAACGUGGAAUCUCUUGAAUAUCUGGAUUUACCAGGUUGCUCAAGUUUAGAGAAAUUUCCAGAAAUCCGCGGGAGAAUGAAGCUGGAGAUACAGAUUCACAUGAGAUCUGGGAUAAGGGAACUACCAUCAUCUAGUUUUCACUACCAGACUCGUAUUACCUGGCUAGAUUUGAGCGAUAUGGAAAACCUUGUAGUUUUUCCAAGCAGCAUCUGUCGGUUGAUAAGUUUGGUUCAAUUAUUUGUGUCUGGUUGCUCAAAACUGGAAAGCUUGCCAGAAGAGAUAGGGGAUUUAGACAACUUGGAGGUGCUUUAUGCCAGUGAUACUCUAAUUUCACGACCUCCAUCUUCCAUCGUACGCUUGAACAAACUUAACAGCUUGAGCUUUAGGUGCUCCGGAGACAAUGGAGUGCACUUUGAGUUCCCUCCAGUGGCUGAAGGAUUACUGUCAUUGAAAAAUCUAGAUCUCAGUUAUUGCAAUCUAAUAGAUGGAGGACUUCCGGAAGACAUUGGAUCCUUAUCCUCUUUGAAAGAAUUGGAUCUCAGAGGAAAUAAUUUUGAGCAUUUGCCUCGAAGCAUAGCCCAACUUGGUGCUCUUCGAUCCUUAGGCUUAUCAUUUUGCCAGACGCUUAUACAACUGCCAGAACUUUCCCAUGAAUUAAAUGAAUUGCAUGUAGAUUGUCAUAUGGCUCUGAAAUUUAUCAAUGAUUUAGUAACAAAGAGGAAGAAACUACAGAGGGUGGUAUUCCCGCCACUGUAUGAUGAUGCACACAAUGAUUCUAUAUAUAAUUUAUUUGCACAUGCCCUGUUUCAGAAUAUCUCUUCCUUGAGGCAUGACAUCUCUGUUUCAGAUUCCUUGUUCGAAAAUGUGUUUACCAUUUGGCAUUAUUGGAAGAAGAUCCCAAGUUGGUUCCACCAUAAGGGAACUGAUAGUAGUGUAUCAGUCGAUUUGCCUGAAAAUUGGUAUAUACCUGACAAAUUCUUGGGUUUUGCUGUAUGUUACGAUGACAUUUUAAUUGACACCACAGCUCAAUUGAUUCCCGUAUGUGAUGAUGGGAUGUCGUGCAUGACCCAGAAACUUGCCUUAUCAGAAUGUGAUACAGAAUCAUCCGAUGAUUCAGAACGGUAUACACCAAUUCAUUUUUUCUUUGUACCUCUUGCUGUCUUAUGGGAUACAUCUAAGGCAAAUGGAAAAACACCAAAUGACUAUGGGAUUAUUAGGCUAUCUUUUUCUGGAGAAAUGAAGAAGUAUGGACUUCGUUUGUUGUAUAAAGAAGAAGCUGAGGUUGAGGCCUUGUUACAAAUGAGGGAAAAUAACAAUGAACCAAUAGAACAUUCCAAUGUGAUAAGGAGGAGCAGAUCUGACAAUAGUGAACACCAUGACUCCGUGACCGAUGAAUCCAGUUUAUGUUGCUGUCGCAUACUGUAAUAACAUUCGAAACAAAUGUCACAUUUUAAUGAAAGUAAGUUGCAAGUUUGGAAGCCCUUUGCUCUAAAGCCGGUGGCAUUGCCUAUGAAGAGCAUAUGUUUCCUUUGUUUGAAGCAGAACAACUGGACUCUUGUCCUGAGAAAGAGAUUCGCGAGAGAACUUACUUGGAUAAAAACCAAUUGCAGAUGAAUGUUCGCGAAGCAAGAAAGCUGUGCCAAAAUGGAUGGAUGAAAGAAGCCUUGGAACUAUUCUUCUUUUGGAAUGUAGAGCUCAACUAGUCUUGUAUUCUCUCCAUCAGAAACUGAUGUUCACCUUUUCAUUUGUAUACUCUCUAACUUUAGCAAUACACUUUUGUGUGGAGGUUCAGUUUAGUAUAGAGGGACUAAAACAACAUCAUAAAUAUUGUGUUUUCUUUUUUCAUUAAAUGUUCCUGAAAAGGAAAAAUUUGUUUCACUUGGAACUUCAAUCGCAGAAGUACAUAAGAGUU